AUGCCCGCUCCAGGCGACCAGCAUAAUGGUCGAGCAGUCACGAACCCAUUUGAAGAAGUUAAACCGCGCAUAUCGGAAUAUACAGCACAAGAAAUCGCCACAUUACAAAGUAGACUAGAGAGGCAAUUAGGACCCGAAUAUAUUUCAUCGCGAGCAGGACCAUCGGGGCAAAAGGUUCACUACAUCGCGGCGGAGAAAUGUAUUCAGCUUGCCAACGAGGUGUUCGGAUUCAAUGGCUGGUCGAGUCAGAUUAUCGAGACACAAGUAGAUUUCGUGGAUGAGAAUGCUACAACAAUGAAAGUUAGUUUGGGACUUUCAGUCAUCGUGAGAGUUACGUUAAAGGACGGUACCUUUCAUGAAGAUGUGGGGUAUGGACAUAUUGAGAAUUGUAAGGGAAAGGCGGCGGCUUUUGAGAAGGCGAAGAAGGAGGGAACGACGGAUGGAUUGAAGAGGGCGUUGAGAAACUUUGGGAAUGUGCUGGGUAAUUGCAUCUAUGAUAAGGAUUAUCUGAGUAAGGUUACAAAGCUUAAGGUGCAGCCUGUGAGGUGGGAUGUCGAGAAUCUACAUAGACAUUCAACAUUUGCUCCACAGGUUGCGAAGAAGGAGAUUGAAGCACCGAAGAUGGCAGAGAAGACUCAGGCUCAGGGUUCUGGACCGGCGAGUUUAAGUUUAUCAGGAGACGACACACUAAUUGGAGAUGAUGAAUUUGGCGACUUUGACGAUGCCGAUUUCAAUGUUGAUGAUCCAAAUUCACACCCGGAUGAAGUUGCUCUUCCAGGCCCACGGACUGAUUCACCUCAUUUUAACAAUGCCAGAAAUAGUACCAAUGCACCUCCGAUCAAUGCAGAAGCUUCAACCCAAAUUCGACCUCCAGGACCCCCAGUUCCACCAGCCAAUCGAGGACCAUUGGUUCAGCCAAAUCGUCCACCAGCACCGGUACCGAGAACCCCUAAUGCUGGUCUAUCAAGAGCAAGCAGUGCAGCAGGACUCAAUGCUCGCGCCCCUCAAGAUAUAGUUCAACCCAACCGUCCCAUCAACCUCGUCACCACCGUCCCCGGCCGCGUCCUCAACCAACCCAACCGACCUCAACUCCCACCCCAACCCCAACCAGCCUCCGGCCCUCCAUCCCCAUCCCGCAAUAACGACAUAACCGACGAAAUGCCCCCUCCAGGCGCCGGCUUUUUCUCCGCUCGCGCCGCCACAUUCCUCCCCCAAGACCACCCCUAUUCAGAAGUCCCUUCCGUAAACCUCAACCUCCCCGCCUUUAACCCUAACCUCGAAUCUCCCUCCAUCCGUCGCACCCCCGGCGUUGAUCAAAAAUCCUCCAAACCACUCUCUCGCGAUCUCAAACCCAUUCCAGCUUCUCAAUCUCAAGCUCCUGCUACUGGUGUUCCAGCUCAACCCCAACCGGCUUCUCGUCCCGUCAUCGCUGGAAAUCGAAACAUGAACCUAGGAAAUCCGCAAUUAGAUGCCACGAGAAGAAUUGGAGCGCCAGGUAGUCCGAGCCCAAUGAGUAUGGGAAAUAGGAAUAGUUAUAAACCGCCGACGAUGAUGAAGAGACCGAUGGGAGAUGCGAAUAGAGCUCCUUUGACGGAUUUGCAGACGAAUGGUAAUGGGUUGCCGGGAGAUGCGAGUGGGGGUGAUUCGAAGAGGCAGAGGUUGAAUGGAGCGUGA